AAUCCCAUGUGGACUUCUGGUAGAAUGAGCAAUGCAAAGAGCUGGCUUGGACUUGGCAUGUCCUUGUACUUCUGGGGAUUGAUGGACCUUACAACCACUGUUCUCUCGGGCACACCAACACCGCCAGGCAAAUUAGAAGCGUUCCUGUCAGACAAGCCACAGUCACACCCUCGGACAAAGAGGAGCUGGGUUUGGAACCAAUUUUUUGUUCUGGAAGAAUACACUGGAACUGACCCUUUGUAUGUCGGCAAGCUUCAUUCAGACAUGGACCGGGGGGAUGGAUCCAUCAAAUACAUCCUCUCUGGAGAAGGUGCAGGUGUCGUGUUUACCAUCGACGACACCACUGGAGACAUCCACGCCAUUCAGAGGCUUGACCGAGAGGAAAGGGCCCAGUACACUUUAAGGGCUCAAGCCCUGGACAGGCGGACGGGCAGGCCAAUGGAGCCAGAGUCAGAGUUCAUCAUUAAAAUCCAAGACAUCAAUGACAAUGAGCCCAAGUUCCUGGAUGGACCUUAUGUCGCCACUGUGCCAGAAAUGUCACCAGUGGGAACUUCUGUUAUCCAGGUGACAGCCACAGAUGCUGAUGACCCAACCUAUGGCAACAGUGCCCGGGUAAUGUACAGCAUCCUCCAGGGCCAGCCAUAUUUUUCUGUGGACUCCAAAACAGGUGUAAUUAGGACAGCACUCAUGAACAUGGACCGAGAAGCCAAAGAAUACUAUGAAGUGAUUAUCCAAGCCAAGGACAUGGGAGGGCAGCUUGGCGGAUUAGCUGGGACCACAACGGUCAACAUCACCCUCUCAGAUGUCAAUGAUAACCCACCCCGCUUUCCCCAGAAACAUUAUCAGAUGAGUGUGUUGGAAUCAGCUCCAGUUAGCUCUACUGUGGGAAGGGUGUUUGCCAAGGACUUGGAUGAAGGAAUUAAUGCAGAGAUGAAGUACACUAUUGUGGAUGGAGAUGGUGCAGAUGCAUUCGACAUUAACACAGAUCCCAAUUUCCAAGUCGGCAUCAUAACUGUGAAGAAGCCCCUGAGUUUUGAAACCAAGAAAAGCUACACCUUAAAAGUGGAGGGAGCCAAUCCUCACCUAGAGAUGCGUUUUCUGAACCUAGGCCCAUUUCAGGACACAACCACAGUGCACAUCAGUGUGGAAGAUGUGGAUGAGCCCCCUGUGUUUGAACCUGGCUUUUAUUUUGUGGAGGUACCUGAAGAUGUGGCAAUUGGAACAACCAUACAGAUCAUUUCUGCCAAGGAUCCAGAUGUGACCAACAACUCAAUCAGGUUUUUCUACACAUUUCACCUUAUCCUUAUAUCCUGGAAUCUUCCCUUAUACCUAAUUUUCUAG